GAGGCCCCUCCCAUGCUUGGGGAGGGGACAGUCGACAACUAGACGCUAGCGCAGCCCCCGAUCGCACUUACCGGUAGACGACGAAGCUGAAGCCAAGAGGACGACGUUGAAGUCAAGAAUGGCCCUGCGUCGUAGCCCUCAUUCUCCGUUUUACGCUCUACAUCACGACCAUGAACGACAUCGAGAUCGACGCUGUGUGGGACUUCCUCAACGAGUCAAACUUGGACGAGUUGGUCGGGGAUGAGGUGGUGUCUGCUGGUGACGCGGCCUGCUUCCUUGAAAGCGCGUUCGAGGCAUCCAUCGCUGCAUUUAACGCCGGCGACGCGAGUCCGUCCAAGGCUUCGGUAACAUCCAACGCGACGAGCGUGGAAAGCACGUCAGACGACGAAGCGCCACCAGCAAACUCUGAACGAGCACGGAGACCCAAGCUGUCCAAGGAACAACGGGAGCGCCAGAAGACAUACGACCGGAAAUACCGUCAAAAGAAAGAUGGAUGGAGAACUGAAGCCGCCAAAGCUUUCGUUGCCGGGUUAAAGCUGCUCAAUGUAUUGCUGGAGGAUCGGAUUCAAAGAACGAGGAAAGUCUCGGCGACGAUGAGAUUGCUAUAUCUCGGCAAGGACGAGCGAAAGUUCCCCGACUUUGAUCGAGAUAUGGAUGUAGUUAAUCAUGAAGCAAAGACACAACUGGGACUAAACCAAGCUGCGAAGACGUACAUCGAGUUGUGGACAGCCACGUGGACACUCAGUAAGAUUGAAAAGGGCAAGUUCUUCUUGAAGCCAUACGUGCUCAAGAUUGAAGAAAACCUCCAAGGACUAGCCAAACUUGGAGAGAAGUUAGCGGAAUCGACGUUGGAGCUGGAGUGGUGCCUGGACCAAAAACCCAAAGGUGUCUGGAUUUGAUAUUGAAUAUUAGUAUUUUUAAUUAAAAUUGUUG